GUAACGAUUAUAUACCGCAAUCGAAGUCACUUAUCGACUCGCGUUUGUUCUCUGUAAAGCAGAUGUUUUGCGAUAAAAACUUGUCACUUUUGGAAACAACCUCGGCACUUUGAGCCGAAAUGGCUGAGGUAAUGUAUGGUCUGGUCUCUGAGGCCAGAAAGAAUCGAUUUUCUGCGAUACCGAAGCUUACAGGAGAAGAUAUUGUUAGUGUUUGGGACAAUGUGUCAAGAUUCAUCGAAAAACAAAUGGCUCUUCAAAAGGGUGUAUGUGUGCCAGGCCUCGGUAUUUUCACCUUCUCGCAAAAAAAGCUGGACGUUGGAAAUAACAAAUACAUUCAGAUCCAGAGACCGGUUUUCAUGUUGUCCGAGAAGUUUGCGAUGACUCACGCUCUUAAUUACGCCAAACACCACACCACCGGUCAAAUUCCAGUGGUGCAGCUUAAUUUUGCAGCUCUUUCAAAUGAGACACCAUUUAACAGAGACACUGUAGAAAGCUGUGUAAAGGAAGUCCUUCAGGCUCUGAGUAGAUCUGUACAGGCAAAAAGAAAUGUAGAGUUCCAUUUUUCUGGGAUUGGGCGACUUUCAAUAAGGGAUUCCAAAGUAAAAAUGAAGUUCUACAAGGAAUUCUUAAAGAGCAUGGAUGGUUCUGGCAGCUUAGUUCAGGCAAUGUCCAAUAGACCUGGAACAGCAGACUCUGUCUUGUCAGAGCCUGUUAGUCCACGGCCACAUACUAGCAACACUCUAGUUCUGCCGAGGAUUACCCCAGGGGAGAGUGGAAGCCCAGGAAAAAGCGCUGGUAAAGAAGGUAUGCCCACCAUAACAGAACAGGAUGAAGAAGAUAAUGGACAGGGUGAAGAUGUGAGGGAAGAGGUCACCACCUCUGAUAAAGAAAUGCCACAGGAACAGGUGGAGGGAGGGUCCGUACCAGUUAUGGAACCACAAUUAGGAAAGCAAGAACAACCCACAGAAGAGGAAGCCGUUCCAAAAAGUGCAUCAAGGCUCUCCCCUCCCACUGGGCCACGGAGUCCUCUUCAAACUGCCAAAGUCUCCGGUGUGAUUUACAGCACCCCUGAAGCCUCCCUGACACUGCCCCCUCCCCCACCACCGCCCCUCCCCCCACCCAGGAGCCCAUCCAAGACGAAUCCAUCCAGGGGCAUCAGAGGAGCUACUGUUUACAAGAAUACAAGGAGUCCGGCUCAGGAGGCAACCAAACGCGAGCAAUCCCCUACUGAGUGUAUUCACAGUGAAAGAGCAGGACAAGAAUUGUGCUACCUCUGCCAUCAACGUUCUCAGAAAAAUAUACCUAUUUACUUUGCGGAGGAACGGCGUCAACGAGAACUUGAACAAGAUCGCCUCCUACAACAGUAUCAAGAGCAGAAGGACGCUGAGACUAUUCUUAAAGACCAGGGAAAGACCUUAGAAAACCGCCGUUAUAACCAGAAGGUGGCUGCCUUUAAUCUUGGGGUAUCUGAGGCAAUCAAGGAGAAACUCAGCACAAGACCUACAGAAUUUUCUGUAAGUGUUAUUUAUCCACAAGGCCAAACCUUUAAAACCUUAGAUUUAAUGGCAAGGAUAAUGCUUUUAGAUUUACCGUCUUGUCAAAGGAAUGUUUUGAUUCGUUGCUAUUCCAGUUUGGCUUUACAACGAGAGCAGUACUUGAGGGAGAAGAAAAUGGGCAGUGAUGCCUAUCGCAAGGCGCUAGAUGCACAGACUAAUAUCAGGAAGAGAGCGACUUGUUCGUUACGUCCUUCCCCGGAGUUGUUGCGUCUGCCGAAGCCUCAGAUUAUUGUGCCGUUCUCUCACGCGGCAGUACUGCGUCUGCAGGGACGUCCCGGAGGAAGAACGGUGCGCUUUAAACCCCUCCCUAUCCCUGCUCUGGAACCAGACUCUAAGAUACCUAUAUUCGGUAUUCUUGAUGCGACUGAAGAGAAAUUAUUGGAAAGAAAGACACGAGCACAUCAGCUUUAUCAAGAACAGCUCGAGAUGGUGGCGCAGAGAAAGAGGGAUGCUAUUCUAAAGGAUCUGCGAAAUCAGAAAGAGGAGUCAGACAUGCUUGAAAGAACUCGUAGAGAUAUGAUUUUGGACCGCGCCUUUCGACAUCAAGAGCGCGUAGACGUUCGUCGUUCACUUGAAGAUUCCUGGGCGGCAAGUGUGUGUCGCAAAAAAGAUCAAGAACAUGAAGAACGCCGCCGUACACAGAGUCCAGGCAUGCUGAUACAUGAACAGUGCGAUAAAUACCAUCGGUGCAAACAGUGUGGCAGGCGGCCCUCGAACUGCGGUGAAUCGAACGUGUGGAGCGAUUCGCGAUACAUGCCUGGAUCAAGACUCAUAGUUUAGAACACUCCUACUUAUCGGAUGACUUUCUUGAAAAUUUUACGCUGACUAAGCUAAAUACCGGUUAAACGAGGACAAAUACGAACACUUUGCCUUAACCUUACUGGAAAUGUGUGGAAUUAUUUAUUUAUUAUUGUAAUAUUAUUUGUACAAUUGUGAAGGAACGAUUGUGAUGAAAGAUCGGACUCAAAUUUUUCGAAUUGAAGGAGACCAUAAGACUGGACGAUUGGUUCCACUUACGGAUUAGAUUUCCUUCUAUCUUGAUAGUUUUUAUCCCUUUUUAUCUGCAUUUUUUUAAGAGGGAACCCCUGUGAUGUACCUUUUGAUAUUUCUACAGUUAAUACGAUGAAGAAUCUACAAGGAGGUACCUUGUCGAUGUCAGAGUGAAUUUUAACACGACAGUUUCUAAGGCACCAGCACGCUCCACUUCAGACAGUUCCGACGACGUAGUAUUAUCUUGAAUAACUCAUGGAUCAAGAAAAGUCAAUAACAAGCACAAUUCUAACCUAAUUGUUUAGUAACGAACUAAACACCGCGUGAUGACAAGCGUCUUCAGCUUAGUAGCUCUGCUCGGAUACAAUUGUAAAUACCGCUAAUAAAACAGUAUUUGAUUAA